ACCAAGCACCGGCUGCUCCGCGCAAAGAGGAUGUUUGCUCUGCUCGAUGUGGAUAAGGCCGGUUUUCUUGAUUGCCAGAAACUUACCAACUUCUUGCAACACAACACCAUCAACUUCCUGCCUGAGCGGCUCUCCACGAUCAUGGACGUUGUGGUUGGGAGCGGGAAGGACAUCAGCAUGGAAAAGUUUCUGCUGCUGAUGGGCUUCGAGGGCGUCCAGGAAGCUGACUUGGAGAGCAUCGAGCUGCAGGAGCGCCGGGCGAGGCUGCAGGAGGCAGUCACGACCUUCCACACCUUCGACGAGGAUGGGAGUGGGACCAUCGACACCUCGGAGCUGACGGGGAUCAUGAAGACGAUGGGGCAGAAGAUGACGCAGGAGGAGGUGGAACACAUGUUCUCCCUCGCUGACAAGCACGGGACCGGGGAGAUCGACUUUGAGAAUUUCUGUGAGUGCUUGCUGGCU